UUAUCUUGAACGGACUGAGAUACCACCACCCGCCAUGAACUUGAAAUCUAUCGCUGCGGUGCUGCUCACCGUCUCGGUGGUGAGAGCGGUGCAGCAUCAAUACACCUCUCUACGAACGACAUCAAAGGAAGGUCACAGAAUCCCGGCCUUGAAGUCGUCACAGAGUGUUCUUGGACUUGGGGUUGAUGAAAGCCGUUGCUACACCUGCUCAUCGCCUUGCUCGCAUGCGGUUUGCUGUCAUGGACGCUUCCCUCAGUGCUGUUCGGAUGGGGUUUAUUGCUACUGUUGUGAAGACUGAUUUCACAUGGUCGGGGAUAGUACAGUAUCAUAUUAGCUAUUAGAGCGAGCAAUAAUUCGUCUUAGUUACACAUCGAGAUGAUAUCAUCUGGAAUGAACGGCUUCAGGAUGUUGAUCAACGC